AUGGCUACGCCGUUGCUGGGCCCGGAGCCGUGGAACCGGGUGAGGAUCCCUAAGGCAGGGAGCCGCAGCGCAGUGACCGUACAGGACCCAGAUACGGCGCUAGACCUUUGCAUUGCAGCUAUAAUUAAAGAAUGCUACCGCAUUACACUGUCACUGAAGAGUCGAACCUUAGAUGAAGAGACAAAUGUAUUAUGUGCAAUCCUUUACAGCAAUCACAACAGAAUGGGCCGCCAUAAGCCCCAUUUGGCCCUCAGACAGGUUGAACAGUGUUUAAAACGUUUGAAAAACAUGAAUUUGGAAGGUUCAAUUCAAGAUCUCUCAGAGUCAUUUUCUUCUAAUGAAAAUCAGCCUAUAAAUACCAAAGCAUGUGUCAUUCCCAGCCAACCGGUGGUGGAACUGGUGUUGAUGAAGAUUUUGGGAGCCUGCAAGUUGCUGCUUUGCCUGUUGGACUGUUGCUGCAACACAUUUCUCUUGACUGUGAAACAUCUAGGUUUGCAAGAAUUCAUUAUUUUAAACCUUGUGAUGGUUGGGCUCGUGAGCAGGUUAUGGGUUCUGUAUAAAGAUGUUUUAAAAAGGCUGGUUUCUUUAUAUGAACCAUUGUUUGGAUUACUUCAAGAGGUCUCCAGGAUUCAACCAUUGCCUUACUUCAAAGGUUUUACCUUUCCUUCUGAUAUUGUUGAAUUUUUAGGAGAGCCCUAUUUUGAAGUCUUUAAGAAAAAAAUGCCUACAGCUUUUGUAGCUAAAGGAGUAACUAAAUUGCUAAAUAAACUAUUUUUAACAAAAGAGCAAUCACAGAGGUCAGAUGAAGAAACUUUACUUAGAAUUUCUGAAAAAGCUAAACAAGUGAAGAUCAAUAUACAGAAUAACAUGGAUCUUGGACAACCAGUAAAGAGUAAGAAAAUUUUAAAAGAAAAGUCAUCAGAAUUUGAUGUGAGAGCUUUCUGCAAACAGCUGAAACACAAAGCUAUUCAGGAGAAGAGCUUUGAGUUUAAAUGUUCUCAAUCCAAACUAAAGGCAGCCAAACAUUCUUCUCAGAAAGCAAUAGGAACUCCCUGUGUAAAAAGUCUUGUGCAAAGAUUCCGAGAGGCUGAGACUUUCACACAACUUUCUGAAGAAAUCCAAAUAGCAAUUCUGUGGUGUAGAAGCAAAAAACUGAAGGCUCAGACCACCUUUCUGGGUAACAAACUUCUUAAAAGUAACCGGCUUAAACAUGUGGAAGCUCAAGGCUCUAGUUUGCCAAAGAAGCUACAGUGCAUAAAAACAUCUAUUUGCAACUGCCUUCUUCAUGGCUUAGGUCUGAAAACUUCAAAGCAUCACCUGAGACAAAGAAGAUCACAGAAUAAAUUUUCACUGAAAGGAAGGAAACAGAGAAAGUUGCAGUUGACUCGUUUAAAGGAAAUCCAGCAGCCCCCUCAAGGGACUCAGAGUGCUACAGAUGUCAUCAUUAAAGGGAGACUCGCGGAUUCUACUGAUUGUAGGACUGAUCUGUAUCCUAACAAUAAGGAAGUGAAUAGGAGAGUUUCAAAUCCUGUCAUACAAACUAAGGAGAAACAAACUCAUGAAAAGCUUACAGAAAGCAAUGAAAAUGAGAUGGAUUCUUGGACAAUGAUGCAAGUAAAUAAACGUAACACAUCAGGAACCACUAAGGAGACAGACGACAUUGAUUAUAUUUUUGCUUUAAUGGGAGUUUAG